CAGGAAGAUGGCUGCUCGGCCAAGGCGGCGUCGUUCUGGUGAUACAAAGCUGUGGAAGGGUGGCUUUUGUCAUGGCACUAAGACAACUGACGAACCUUCUUUUACGACUUCCAUGGAGUGGGACACGCAGGUGGUGAAGGGGUCCUCUCCGCUAGGCCCCGCAGGGCUGGGGACAGAGGAGCCGUCAUCCGGCCCGCGGCUGCCGUCCUGGCUGCAGCCCGAGAGGUGCGUCGUGUUCCAGUGCGCGCAUUGCCACGCCGUGCUCGCCGACUCGGUGCACCUCGCGUGGGACCUCUCGCGGUCCCUCGGAGCCGUUGUCUUCUCCAGGGUUACAAAUAACGUGGUUUUGGAAGCUCCCUUCCUAGUUGGCAUUGAAGGUUUACUCAAAGGCAGCACCUACAACCUUUUAUUCUGUGGUUCCUGUGGGAUUCCCAUUGGUUUCCAUCUGUAUUCUACUCAUGCUGCCCUGGCUGCCUUGAAAGGUCAUUUCUGCCUUUCCAGUGAUAAAAUGGUGUGCUAUAUCUUAAAAACAAAAGCCAUCGUAAAUGCAUCUGAGAUGGAUAUUCAUUACAUGCCUCUUCCAGAAAAAGUCGCAGAGCUGAAAGAGAAGAUAAUAAUAAUGCAUACUCAUUUAAGUUCACUGAUGAAGAUGCUGAAGGAAUUGACUCCUGACUACUCCAACCCAGAAAACUGAUCCAGAACCAGAGCUUGAAAUUCAGGAUCAGGCCUUGCUGCCAUCUUCAGAGAUGUGCUGUUUGAUCAUUUCUUUAGAAAGAUCAACUUCAGAAAUGGACAGGAAAUGUAGUUUAUUAUGUUUAACAUCUAUGCUGAUUUCCAUCUGAUUUGUGAAGCUGUUUAUAGAAGAUGAGAAAUUAAGUAACUUUCUGUCCAGCACCUGUAGUAAAAGUUUGAAGAAAAAUGACAGUUACAAGCACAUGUAGCAGGUAACUGAACUGUUCUGGGGGUCAAGGAAGGUCUGUCUGAGGAAGUGAAGUUUCAGCAGUGGUCUGUAAGGUAA